UUCAGCUAGCUCAUAAAAUAUUUUUUAGGGCCAAUAUAACCUGAGUAUAGGUUAACAGCUUGCCAGAGAGGAUAGCUGAUACAUGUAUUCUCAUUUUCAUACACUUAAGCAAUUCAAAAUAUCGUUCUCUGUAGUUCUUGCAACUACCUUAGUUCCAUAAUUCAUUUUCCAAGUUCAGUGGCUCAUAACCCAUCGUUACGAGAUCCAUUUGCAAUCCCCAUAGCCAGCUUACUCAGUCUGAAUAUUAAUGUUACUAAAUCACAAAUAGCUCCUUUACACAGGACCAUAGCAUUUAACUGCCAAAUUCACAAGAUAUAUCCAUGAUCAUCAAUUUACAGGAAGGUGAGGAUAUCACCAGGGAAGAGGAUGAUGAUGAUGAGGAGGAGGAGGACGAAGAUGAAGAUGAAUAUGAUGAUGAAGAUGAAUUUGAAGAUGAUAGACGACGCAGGAAGAGAAGGCGUCAAACUGGUUUUAUAUUAGAGGAAGCAGAUGUUGAUGAUGAUUAUGAUGAGGAUGGUGAACAAGCUGAAGAUGGAUAUCAUGACUUAAUUGAUACAACUGAACGAGAUGAUGAAUCACUUGAUGCUGAUUUAUCGGGUGCCAGACGUUUACAGCAGAUGCUUGGGGAUAAAAAUGCAGAGGAAUUAGAGGCAUAUUACAAGAAAAAGUUUGCGGAGACCUCAGACAGGUGAGAACUGUUACUUAACCUUGUUAAUAUAUGAAUUAUCUGUAUUGGUUUUACUUCCUAUAUCAUCAAACAUCAUGGAAAUUGAUAACAGAUCAUGAUUUUAUGCUCUGACCUGUUUGAGUGACUUGUCUAGGAUAUUUUGAUGGAGGUGUGGUGGCCUCAUGGUUAAUGCAUUCCCUCCGGAUCAAGUGGUCCAUGUUUGAUCCCUGGCCAGGGACAUUGUGUUGUGUUCCUGGACAAGACACUUUACUCUCAGAGUGCUCUCCUAUCCAUAGGGGGAGUAGAGAUACUCCCAGUUGCUUCAUGCUACAGAAACUGGAAAUAAGCACCAGCCUUGGAGGGACACUUAACCUUUCACCAUCUAGGAUAUUUUGAAGAGAAUUUGGUGGCCUAUGAGUACAUUUUCAUUUUCAAUACUGUACUUUCAAUCAAAUUUUUUGUCAAGCAGCACCUUGUUUAGGUAGACAUAUUUCCUCACGAGGGUCAUAGUCAUGAUACAGAGCACGCACUUGGACAAUCCUCUACUAAGCAGGAGUUAUGAAGGGUAAAUUCUAGCUUUGCAAGAAAAUUUUUUUGUCAAGCAGCACCUUGUUUAGGU